UGAAGACAUUUCUGUAUAAGAAUCCACCAGUCAAGAACUGGGAAAUGCCAUUCUCGAAGUGUCAGCACUACUGAGAGUAAGUGGCUCAGAACAAGCUUACACUCUCCAUCAUUGUGGAGCAACAGCGGAUAAAAAUCUUUGCUACCUUGCUUUAUAUCUUACUGAGGGUGACUGAUCCAUCUCACUUCCCACAACUCAGGCGAUUAAUCAUCUGACUAAAUUACAUAUAUUCUAGAGGAACAAGAUGGCUAAUUUCAAUCUCUGGUUACUUUUUGCUGGACUGAUCACUGUUUUCAGUUGUAUAGUCACUGGAGAUAAACUUCCCAAGAAUUCAUCCGCACUGAAAAUAGCAGCAGGCAAUGCAGAUUUUGCUUUCAGAUUCUACCACCAGCUUGCUGUAGAGGCUACCAACAAGAAUAUUAUCUUUUCUCCUCUGAGUAUCUCAACUGCCUUUGCCUUGCUAUCACUGGGGGCUAAAACCACCACCCUGAGUCAGCUUUUGUCAGGGCUUGGCUUUAACCAGACAGAGAUCAGUGGGCAAGAAAUACAUGCAGGUUUUCGUCAUCUGCUCCACGUAUUAAACCACCCUGGGGCUGAAAUUGAACUAAGCAUCGGAAAUGCUCUUUUCACACAUGAACAGUUCAAACUCUUAAAGAAGUUUUUGGCUGAUGCCAAAAAAUUUUAUCACUCAGAUAUUUUUCCUACUAAUUUCAAGAAACUUGAUGAAGCGAAGAAGAAAAUCAAUAGCUAUAUAGAAGAGAAAACCCAUGGGAAAUUAGUCGAUGUGGUCAAGAGUCUUGAUCCUGAUGUUAUAAUGGUACUUGUCAACUAUAUUUUCUUGAAAGCCUACUGGGAAAAUCCUUUCAACUCUGAAAAUACCCAGGAAGAUGACUUUUUCAUAGAUGAGCAAACUAAAGUGAAAGUUUCUAUGAUGAACAAAGACAGUCAAUUUAAGAGUUACUAUGAUGAAGAUCUAUCCUGUCAGGUGGUGCGACUCCCAUACAAGGGCAGUCUUUCAGCAUUAUUCAUUUUACCUGAACAAGGGAAAUUGAAAUUGGUAGAAGAUGCAUUCAGAGCAGAUGUUGUAUCAAAAUGGUUGCAUUCAUUGGAAAUCCGGAGAAUAGAUCUCUACCUUCCCAGAUUUUCAUUGACUGGUAGCUAUGAUGUUGGUGAGAUAUUUAAAAAACUGGGAGUUACCGAACUAUUCACAAACCAUGCAGACCUAUCUGGAAUUUCUCGUCAACGUAAUCUGAAGGUUUCAAAGGCAAUCCAUGAAGCGUAUUUAAAUGUCCAUGAGAAUGGAACUGAAGCUGCAGCUACCACGGUUGUAGAAAUUGUUUUAACUUCCCUUCCGCCUGUAGUUAGGUUUAACAGGCCCUUCCUGUUAUUAAUUUAUGAUCCUCCUACAAAGUCUAUCUUAUUCAUGGGAAAAGUUACAAAUCCAAAUGAGAAGUGAUUACACAACUAAGGCUCAUGUUAUAGAAUUGACAGUAAAUGUUUCCUGCCAAAUUUAAAAGCAUGUAUGAAAAGAUUCUUUGGUGAAAUUUACUUUACUGGAACUGUCAACCUCAUCCAUUCCUAAAGAAAUUAAACACUUUUGUGCAAA